AUGGUUGGCGAAGACGGCGCCGACGUCGGAGACGAUGUUCACCUCGUAAUUGCGCUAUGUCGGCGUGGAGUAACUGGUCUCCGUGUACUGCGACGUGUGGUAGUUCAGGCGAAAAGACAAGAACUCGUUCUGUGCAAAUUCUUCCUGCCUGUGGCGGCAGUUCUUGUGGUUCCACCUCAGAAACACAACAUUGUCCCGGAACGUGUUGUCCAAUUGCGUGCUCGUUUUCUUGGACAUCGUGGAGUUCGUGUUCUGCUACAUGCCAAUACGGGACACGGAAAAGGAAUCAUUUUAUCUGGAGGAUACAGACUUGUGGAGGAACACCUUGUCCUGCAAGCCCGCAGACUCAGCGCUGUGACAGUGGAAGGUAUUAUGCCUAUAAAACAUACCUAA